UCGAUAACAAUGCGAAGCUGAUGAAACUGGGCCAGAAGGUGCUGGGGAAGCGCCUGUUCGCCGCCCUCAUGAAGGCCACCUUCUACGGCCACUUCGUCGCGGGCGAGGACCAGAUCAAGAUCCAGCCGACCCUCGAGCGACUCCGGUCCUUCGGCGUCAAGAGCAUCCUGGACUACUCGGUGGAGGAGGACAUCAGCUCCGAGGACGCCGAGGAGCGGGAGAUGGAGUCCUGCCGCUCGACGCGCUGGAGGAGGCGGCCACCCCGGAAGCCCCGCUCGCCCAGAUGGGGUUGCGAGUCCAAGGCCGAGGGGUCGAACGCCAUGGAGCGGUACACCCCGCAGAGGAAGUUCGCCGAUCGCCGCCAGCAGGUGUCAGGAGCCAGGACCUACUUCUACGUGAACGAAGCCCAGUGCGAGAAGAACAUGGAGACCUUCAUCAACUGCAUCGACGCCGUGUCAGGCUGCUAUUAAGAUGACCGCCCUUGGAAGACCGCAGCUCCUGAUGCAACUCUCCGAGGUGAUCGCCCGCACGCGACAGUACUUCCAGCAGGUGACGGGCAAGACCGGCCCCAUCAUCCAUUCCGACGUCAACACGGACGUCUUCGAGAAACGAUUCCGCGAAGAGAACAUCCUGACCGACAACCUCGCCGUCAAGAAGUGGCUGGAUAGCAUGACCUACGACAAGAAGGGCCUGAUCCAUCUCUUCUCGUGGUCGGGCCUCAUCGACACCAACAUCCUGCUGGGCGACCUGUUCCGAGUGCCCAACCUCAACUCGGGUCAGAUGGAGCCCCUCAUCUCAGCUCUCACGAGGGAGGAGGAGGAGAUGUUUAAGAAUAUGAUGCGCAGACUGCACACCAUUUUCCAGUAUGCUCGCGAGCGUGAUGUCCGAGUGAUGGUGGACGCCGAGCAGACCUACUUCCAGCCAGCCAUUUCCCGUCUUACUUUAGAAAUGAUGAAAAAGUACAAUCAAGAGAAAGCCAUUGUAUUCAACACUUACCAAUGCUACCUUAAGGAAACCUUCAAUAAUCUCUCCCUCGACCUUGAGCAAGCUUAUCGUCAAAACUUUUACUUCGGAGCCAAGCUGGUGCGAGGGGCCUACAUGGAGCAGGAGCGCGCCCGUGCCGAGGAGCUUGGCUACGAAGACCCCAUCAACCCUUCCUUCGACGCAACUACCGAUAUGUACCACCAGUGUCUCGAAGAGAGUCUGAGACGCAUCAAAAUGAACAAGAAUGUUGGGGACUCUCACAAAAUUGCUAUCAUGGUGGCAUCCCACAAUGAAGACACGGUGCGCUAUACUGUCCAGAAAAUGGCAGAGUUUGGCAUUCAUCCACUCGACCGUGUCAUCUGCUUCGGGCAGCUCCUUGGCAUGUGCGAUCAUAUCUCCUUGCCUCUUGGUCAGGCUGGAUAUUCUGUGUAUAAAUAUGUUCCAUAUGGUCCAGUGAACGAAGUACUUCCAUAUUUGUCACGUCGAGCAACAGAAAACAGCUCAAUAUUGGUAAAGCUCCAGAAAGAAAAGUCACUUUUGCUUCAAGAAAUGUGGAGACGCAUUAAAAAGGGACACUUUGUUUAUCAUCCAAAGGGCAAUUAUAUGCCAGUUGGUGCACAAGCAUACAAGUGAAGUUGAGAUGGGGAAUGAAAUACAGAGAUACAAAUUCACACAAAAAAUAUACAUUUUACAGAUAAUUAGUGAUGAUGUACUUGAUUUUGGAGAAAGGGAUAAGUGAAAGAUUACCUUUAAACAAUAGUAGAGGAAAUUUGGUUCCAGGAAGCAUUCGCAGGAAAUUCAAAAGGGUAAUCUCGAGUUACUGUACAGGUGUUCAGGUAGAGGAUCAUGUUUUUUUCGGAACGGGACUGCAUUAUUUUCUUUGGAAUAUAUCCUUCCAUAUGCCAGAUAACAUUCCUCCUUGAUGUGUCACUGUGCAACAGCGUGCUGGAAGUAUGUAAGCUAUGAUGAAAAAAAAAGUUUGCUCUUGUGUUGGGUGUCCAGAUCUUUGGUUUAGCAUAUGAAUUUUAUUACUAGUUGUGCCAGUCUCACCUGUAAAUGAAUAAAGAGAGCUAUGGCUUAAGAUUUGCCACUAAGCAUAACCCUGGUACUUAAAGCCUCUAUCAUGUACAGUAUCUCUAUGUAUAACCUACUUUAUAGUAUGAGCAAAGACCUAAUAGGGUGUAUUGAUAUAUAUGGCGUAUUGGGUUAUAAUUAUUGUGUGUGAUCCUUGGCUUGGUGGCUAAAGGGUCAAGCCAUACUGCUGGAUAUGGGUCCAGGUUGUUGUGAAUACAGUAUUUAUACCCGUACUACAUAUUAGGUUUUUUUGUUCCUCUUACUAUGAAUGCUAGGGGAUUCAUUUUCAAUGAGCACAGUACUUAUAUUGAACUGUCUGUCGGAAGUUUUCACGUUUGGUCUUUUAGAGAGAAAAAAAUGGUGAAAGAUUUAAUUAAUUAUUUGUUACUUGUUUUUUAUAUACAUACCAUGUUAUGAAUGUGUAUUAUUUGAUAAUUAUUUCAAAAGCGGUUGACAUAACAAGUUUAUUUGUUAAUCUUAAUUGUUUGUGAUAAAUUUGAUUUACCAUUUAUAAAUUUUCCCCUUUUGAUGUCCUACUUAUGUAGGUAUACGAUGGGGUUUAGAAACUCAUUUAAUUUCAAGCAUUGAUUAAUUCCAUAUGUAACAAGGCUGUAUGUAAGAUAAUUCACUCCUUGUCUAUUUCUAUUGUCAUUUACAGGUUUGAAUAAAAGAUAAAUUAAUAGUAGAAUCACAAGAUUACGUGGAACAAAUUAUAAUCUUUUGAUUUUGAAAUACAUUAGAUUCGUAAACAUAAUUUUCGAAAACAAAUAUUCGAACAGUAACAAAAUUAGUUUUUUCACACGACAUCGAGGAGACAAAACUACAAUGGCUGCUUGGUAUGUUUAUAGAAAAUGACUGUUGCUAACAUCACAAAUGAUCCUUCUAAUUAAUCAAAUGCCAACCUGAAUAUUAUAAACUUGUGUCCUUGAGCAUAUUGAAUGUAUCUCAAUGAAUUCUAUGGCCUUUAAUCACAACUGGCUUCCAGAGUUAUGUAUUAUUUUGAUAGAUAAGACCCUUGUAUAUAAAAAACAAUGUUGAUUUGUUGUGAUGAAUAGAAUCCAUUACUUGCUAUGGAGGUUUAUUACUUUGUUAGAUGAAAUUGUAAUGGACUUCAAUGCUAGCUAAUGUGGUUCUUGAUAUUCAAUGGUUACUGUGCCAGCUUAUGAUAACUGGCUUCAAGUAUAACUAGGUAUAAAUAGUUCUCUUGAAGGGUAAAUGUUGUGUGGAAGUGUACAGUAUAUGCUGAAGUGAAGAAAGUGGAGAGCAAUUUUCAUUUCAGCGCGGCCGUCUUCGUCAAAUUGCGUCUCAUUUCAUUUUGAGGAAUUAAUGUAGUUUUCACCAUAGUGGUUUACCAAAGGGUAUAAAUCAAGCACCAUCAAAAUUUUUAUAACGUUUACUCAAACUUCUCUAAUUUUUACCAAGUUAUCUAAGCACUUGUUUUUUUUCUUUAUAUAUAUAUACACACUUGAAAAAAAAACGGUUUAAAUGGGAGACCAACAUAGUAUUAUUAGUGGCUUCAUAUACAAUUGUACAUUAAUAAGAGCAUGAUAGGCAACAAAUAGAAAAAAAAUAUUCUACUGUAAAACCAACAGUGAAAGAUAUAUUUUCAAUUUAGGUACAAAAAACGAAAUAGUCUGUAGUAUCUUUGGCAAUGAAGUUAUUGAAAAACUAUUACUACUCUCUCUCUGCAUUUUCGAUCAGCAGGUACUGUUUGAAGUCGUCUAGAAUAUUAAGAUUAAUUACCUAUAUGAGCAUGUCAAGUUUUGGAGCAUGUUGGCAUUGCUAGAUAGUGCUUGCAGUGAUAAAUCUAUCAUUUGCAAAGCUUCCUCUUAUUACUGUGUAUAAACAUGUAUGUCCAUGAGAAAAUGAAUAAUACAAGAUAUACAAUAAAAUGUGUAGACUAUACACUAUACAUUGCUGCAUUAGUUGACUUCUAUCUAGAAUAAUUUCGCAUUGUGCUUAGUCAGUAAAUAUGUGGCUAUAAAAGAAGAAUGAAUUAUGUUUAUCAAUACAAUUACAAGUGAAAGUAUGGUAACUUAUUCAUUGAUUACACUUGAUCUGCAGUUUGCUUAUAUGUAAAACUAUUACCUGUACCACUUACAGCACAAGUUACACCUGUUGUUCAGGAUACAUUUUAGAUUAUAUAGAGACAAUAUAUUAUUUGAUAUAAAAUUUCUGUGUUAUUGUACCAGGUCUGGAUGAGUUUUGGUGGACUGUGGCACAGAUAAUAGAUGCUUUAGGUGCCUUUGUUGAUAAUAGUGCAUAAAUGUUGUAAGUAAAUGAGAUGUAUAUAGUAAUGUGUUUGAAAAGCAGAUUUAUCCUAAAUAAUGGUUCUGUGAGAAAGUAAAAAAAAAAAAUCACCGAUGUACUAGUGUUGUAAAAGAAUUUGGGAGUAAAUGUCAUGCCAAAACUGUACCUUUUCCAGUGUGUAACUGAAAUGAGUGGUAAAUUUUUUAGGAAAGUGGUGCAUCAGACAAAAAAAAGGUUCCAAAAGAGAUUAUUUAACUUGUGAAUCCAGUCCAGUCAGUCUGUAUGUUGACUGGCAGAGGUGCAGUUGCUGACACAGACAUGGCCAUAACCGCCAUGCCGUUUAUGUCGAGUGAUUAUAAAAGGUAGACGAAAUAAGGAGUUCGGAGCAUUGUUUCGACACCAGCAGCCCAGUGUCAGAAGGAUUAAGAGUUCAGACUAAUUAGAGAAUAGGAAGGAAUAUUUUCCCCUCUGCGAGAGUAAGUUCUUGGGAAGGACAUUUAAGGCAGGUUAAUUUGGCAGUUGUCACCACCUUGUGUUGAUCUGUAAAAUUCGUUUGUCAGACUCAUUUGUGUCAAUUUACAAGAUCCUUAAAUGAUGGAUUGGAUAUGUAUGAUUGCAGUUUUCAUUUAGGCUUUUUAUCGAGACAAAUAAAUAUACACGUCUCAACAGCGGCAGUAAGGUUAUCGCUUGUGAGAAUAAUUAACACUUUACUACAAGGAGCAAUAAUGGUAAUGAACAAUGAAAAUAGGUAAAAAAAAAGUAAUUUAAUAUUAUUUCUUAUUAUCAUUAUUAUUGUUUUUUAUAAUGAUGAUAAUUUGUGUUUAUUUGUGCAAAUAUUUGUGUACAUGUUUUGACUCAUUGUCAAAGAUUCUGUAACUGCUUCAUGUCUUUUCUUCGUCAAAGAUCAUGAAGAAUAUAAAUAUUCCAUAUUUAUUCAUAUAAAUUUCAUAUGCUUGUGGCUAUGUAAACAGGGGAGAUUUGCUGGUGUCUAACUGUUCUUUCUGUAUAUAAUAUAUGUUACGUCAAUAAAAUUCGAAGCGGU